AGAGAGAGAGAGAGAGAGAGAGAGAGCACCGAGACGACGAGUGCUUCUUACGAGAUCACAUCAACAGCUCGAGGCAUCCGAACGGAUUUUAUUGUUAUUGUUGUUAUUAUUAUUGUUUUUACUGUUAUUUUUUUCUCCACGAAUUCCUUAAUCGGACUCUCGACAUGGAGCGGCGGCGUUGAUGGAAAGCGAGGCGAGGCGGCGCGGCGCGUGCACUGCAUCUCCCUUCGGUUUUUGAAUGAUUAUUUUGUGCUGUAAUCCCCGCACCUGAUCCGGACGUUGCCUGCAAGCGUGUAAAUAUUUAAAUAAAGCCCCCAUUUAGGCCGAUGACUGGCUGAUGACGCCAAUCGAACCGAGCUUUGUGUUUUAUAGUGGCGGCACAUGGGCUCCCCCGUAUUUCUAUAAGUAGACCUGCUCAGCUAUAGGCAGCUCUCUGCAGCGGUCAUUGUCUUGGAGAUGCGCUCGCGCUCGCUUGUAAGGCACGUCCCGUUUUCUCGGGUCUGCUGAAAAAAAAAGAAAAGACAAACACGGGGGGAUCGCGGACCGCUUCGAAUCGAGCACUGAAUCCCCUCCAUCCACACCUUUACCGGCUUUAUUUAUUUUCCUCUAUCGCCCUCCCCCCUCCAUUCCCCCCAUUCCAUUCGCUUGAAGCCGUUUUCUUCCUCCUUCUCUCCAUCCUGCGCUGUUUUGCCAGCAACUAAGGCUAAAGCUGUGAGUGGUGCUCUUCAUUCGCCUUAUCUCUCCCCUCCACCUCCUCCUCCUCCUCCUUGAAGCAUCAGCCAGGGCUUCUGCAGGCAGCCAUGGAGACCCCCACUAAGCUCCCUCCGUCCAGUCCGUCCUCGCCCACCACGGGCUUUUCUGUGCCCAGCGCCGAGAAGGUGGACGGCUUCCCCCGCAGGUCCAUGCGCCGGGCCCGCCAGAGAAGGUCCCACAGCUCCUCGCAGUUCCGCUAUCAGAGCUCGCAGGUGGAGCUGACGCCUCUGCCGCUGCUCAAAGAUGCCCCGGUGGCAGAGCUGCAUGACCUAUUCUGUAAGAAGCUGCAGCAGUGCUGUGUGCUGUUUGACUUUCUGGAUUGCGUGGCAGACCUGAAGGGGAAAGAGAUCAAGCGGGCAGCACUGAAUGAGCUGGUAGAGAGCGUAGCCACCAGCCGCGGCGUCCUCAUUGAGCCCCUCUAUCCUGAGGCCAUCAAGAUGAUCUCAGUGAACAUCUUUCGUACUCUCCCGCCCAGUGAAAACCCAGAUUUUGACCCUGAGGAGGAUGAACCUACACUGGAGGCCUCCUGGCCACAUCUACAGUUGGUGUAUGAGUUCUUUUUGCGCUUCCUGGAGAGCCCUGAUUUCCAGCCCUCCAUGGCCAAACGUUACGUGGACCAGAAAUUUGUUCUACAGCUGUUAGAGCUGUUUGAUAGUGAAGACCCCAGAGAGAGGGAAUACCUGAAGACCAUCCUGCAUCGCGUCUACGGCAAACUGCUCGGUCUUCGAGCGUACAUCCGCAAACAGAUCAACAACAUCUUUCUCAGGUUCAUUUAUGAAACUGAGCACUUCAAUGGAGUGGCUGAGCUGCUGGAGAUUUUGGGCAGUAUCAUUAAUGGCUUUGCUCUGCCUCUGAAGUCAGAGCAUAAGCAGUUCCUGGUGAGGGUCCUGAUCCCCCUGCACACUGCCAAGUCUCUCUCCAUCUUUCAUGCGCAGCUGGCCUACUGUGUUGUGCAGUUUAUGGAGAAGGAUGCCACUGUUACAGAAUAUAUCAUCAGAGGGCUGCUGAAAUACUGGCCCAAAACAUGCACCCAGAAAGAGGUGAUGUUCCUGGGGGAGAUCGAGGAGAUUCUGGAUGUCAUUGAGCCGUCUCAGUUCAUCCGUGUGCAGGAGCCUCUCUUUAAGCAGAUCGCUGCCUGCAUCUCCAGCCCUCACUUCCAGGUUGCAGAGCGGGCUCUGUAUUUCUGGAAUAAUGAGUACAUUCUGAGCCUGAUCGAAGAGAACUGCCAGGUCAUCCUGCCUCUGGUCUUCGGCACACUCUACAGAGUCUCCAAAGAACACUGGAACCAAACGAUUGUGUCUCUCAUCUACAACGUCUUGAAGACCUUUAUGGAGAUGAACAGUAAACUUUUUGAUGACCUCACUGCCUCCUACAAGGUGGAGAAACAGAAGGAGCUGAAGAGAGAGAGGGAGCGUGCUGAGUUAUGGCGGAGUCUGGAGGAGCAGCAGGAGCGGAGGCUGCAGAGUUUGGGAGAAGCCAGCCGCAACCAGAAGAACCUGCAGGAGAGAGAGAAGAACAGCAAGAAUGAGCCAGAGAACAGCGCCGCCAACGCCACCUAGAACACACACACACACACACACACACACACACACACACACACACACAUAUCAAUAUGGAAAAAACAUAAUAACUCACUCUGUUUUAAAAUAUUUUUUAUUCUAGAAACAACCACUACUUCUAACAACACACACACACAAACCACACAAAUACACACUCCUACACUGUAAACAAAUUUGUGUAAAAUUACAGUACUGGCAGCAAUUUCUCUAGUGAUUUACUGUUUAUUUACAGUACAACUACAACAGUUUUCUAAAUACAGCUGAUCACUGUAUUUGUACAGUUUUUUCCUGCACUCCUGUAUUUCUAAUGGACUGUUCAUAUGUCCUCUAAUGUGCACCCACAGCUGUCAGAGGACCCUGAGUUUUACUACAAAAUGUAUUGGUAUAGGCAAAGAUGGCAGUAACCAAAUAUCCAUUACUCAUAAAAUUACAAGAUGAACUAGUUACUGAAACACAAAACACCAAGAUGGUUGGAAAAACAUGCACUUCAACAUAUUUUCAGGAAGGAAUAACAUGUUAAAACAAAUGAGCAAACGAAAACUCGUGAAAUGAUCUGCAGAUGAAAAAAUCAAAGUAAAUUAACAAAAAUGAACAAAAUCACAAGUAAUGCUGGGAAGCUCCAUCCCCCAUCAACAGUAUUCAGAGACAGGCUGCUCAAAGUCCUGCCCAGUUUCCAGCUUAUUGUAAAAUCCAAUAUUUUAAUUUCUGUGACAUCUAUACAAAAUCAUGCAUACACACCUGUUUCACUCAGAAUUCCUCAUAUUUCAGAGCAGUCUGCUGUGUUUAAAGAAUACAGUAGAUUACUGCAGUGUUUCUGCUGUAAAUUUACAUCAGUUCUUUACAGUGUAGAAACAGAUACACGUGCGUACAAUACAGACACUGUUAACACAACAGAUCAAAUACAGGUUGUCCAUAUGUAGAUACAACACACACACACACACACACACACACACACACACACACACACACAUAAAUAAAUAAAUGUCAUACAGGAGUGAGACGCAGAUUAAUAAGAUGAGUAUCUCUCACUCUUCAUGUUCUUUACUCUUUCCAUACACAUCUUACUCAUUCUAUUUCACUUUCUUUUCUUUCCUUUCCUUCUGGUUCUCUCUCUUCCUCUCAUCUAUACAAAAUCAUGCAUACACACAUGCACACACACACCUACAUACACCAAAGACACAAGCAGCACAAACAAGGGCACACAAAUCAUACUUGCAUGAGGAGCUGACUGUCAGACAGACAGACACACACACACACACACACACACACACACACACACACACAUGCAAACACACACAAGUCGUUGGUUAAGUGGAACUGGUUUGGGCUACUCUCCUGCUGACCACUGGACUUUACUCACUCUCUCCCAAAAAAGAUGAAGAGGAAUGCUGAACAUAAUGAUGAUUCUGAAGAGUUAUGAAGAUGAUAUCUCUGUAAAAGUAAUGAUUAUAAUGUUCCUACUUCUACAGCUUAUUCUAUAAGUACUACUUCUAUUGCUAACUGAUGUUUUUAUAUCUAUACAUAUCUAUAUAUAUAUCUAUAUAUAUAUAUAUAAAUAUAAUAUCUAUGUCUGAUUCUAGUGUUGGUGGGGGUAUUCUAGUGUAGCACCUCUAAAACAUGACAAAAGUAUGCUGCUAGACUAAACUUGUUCUGAUGUGACGACAAUACAUUACUCUAGUCCGUUCUUCUUCUGAGGUUUUAAACACGCCAUCCGAAAUGUGUUACUUUAGCAAUAUUCUCAUCAAUUUCGAAUAAUGUGUGUCAGCGGGUUUUUUUUUUUGAGCAAAUUUCACUCUACCACAGUGUCUACUUCAGUGCACACAAAGAUGUUCAUUUGUAUUUUUACAUUUUGUUGAUUUGUUUUAUUUUACUUUUAUUUUUGUAUACUUGUUUUGCUGUUGAUAUUUAUUAAUAUUUAUUUUGAUGAGUGACUUUAUUGGAGGCUUGAUGAACAAGACUGCAAGUGAAUGAAGGCCUAAGCAUACUUAAGAGUCUGGUAAAGACAGUCGGUAUGGCAUGUAUGUAUGUAUGUAUGUAUGUAUGUAUGUGUGUGUGGGUGCGUGUACUGCUGUAAAUGGUGACAGAGACGAGGGGUCAACCCUCCCCCCGGGCCGAAAAAUGAACAGGGUUUGAAUCAGUACAUACCAUUCAAAUUGAUUGUAAUUUUAACUGUAUAACACUCAAUGUUGGUUGUUGGUUCUACACUGACAUUGCCUCUGUUUGACAACAAACAAAAAACAAGAACAGAGAAAUCACCAUCACUCAUUCUGUUGUUAAUUUGAAAAGGGCGCUAGCUCAUCUUUUCCUAGGUUCUGGAAAAGUUCCCGUAAAGAGAAAGCUGAGAUGUGAAACAGUAAGUUAAAGGUAGAGUAGAGUAGAGAAGGCAAUAAAAGGACUGGAACUGUAAGCAAACGUAGCAUCACUUCAACUAGACUUGCACUGUCCUCUUGAUUGAUGUUUUGUGUUUAAACAUAGCAAUGUAUUUUUGGGGGACCAACGGCUUUGGGAUAUGAAUGUAUAAAAAAAUGGGAUAUAAACAUGAAAAUGUGUGUUGAAUAAGUUCACAUUGAGAAA